UCGCGUCGCUCUUUCUGCUUCGCCCCACGUCCCUCGCCUCGGGUCCCAACGUCCAUCGGCCGACCGGUUUCGAUGUCUGCGCCUCCUUCCUCCGGCCGCGAGCAGUGCCUCUUCCUCCUUGCCGUCUGCGAGUCUCGCCCUCACCCUCGUACUCGAUCCGCCUCGUCCAUGGCUCGCUAGGAGGUUCGUCAGGUGAUCUCGCGUGGAAUGAUCCCGUGCGCUGUGGAAGUCAAGCGGCGAGGUUUUGUAAGGUUUUAGUGCGCGGAUCGAGUAGAAGUCCAGGGCAGGAAUCAGGAUAAUUCGGAAGGGCAUAGGAGAAGGGAAGGGAAGGGAAGGACAGGGCAGGGCUGACUCGCUCAUCGUCUGCAGCUCGUUGAGCAGCGAGUGAACAUGCCAACGUGCAUGGCCGGAGGAUUGUGCAUUUCGACCUUGAUCGAUCCGACUUGCAGGGCGCUCUCGGUCUCGGACAAAUGUGUCGUCGUCGGUAGGAGCGGGCUCGCCGGGCUCGGCGUAGGGCAAUUGUCUGGAUGGAAGAAUCUCCCUCGAUCAACAGCACCUGGCCUCAACAAAAUUGGCCAGGCCGUGGUGAGCGUGAGGGCAGAGGGGUCCGGAAGCUCGGGGCCCAGCGGGACCUCGACGAGUGUCGUCGAUAAGAAGAACGAGGAGCGCAAGUCCGAAGCGGACGCGCUGGUGGACGGGAUGACGUUCAGCGAGCUCUGCGACGAGUUCGAGUGCAUCAGCAGCCCCGCCGUGGAGAAAACCGCGCGCCAGUUGGCCCGAGACCUCCUCGAGCUCCGCGAGGACAAGCGCACUCUGUCGACGUACGCCGUGUUCGUGAACUACAAGGACCCUCUGAGAUCUUUCAAAGGUCGCGACAAGUUCAAAAGGCCUUCGUGGAUCAAAGCGACUCUCAACAAUCCUACUGUGGCGGUUCAGCAGAUGCAGAUGGUCUCGACGAGUAUGUUGAACAUCAAGUGGACACUUCGGGGAACCCCUAAGUUACCUCCGGCUUCGGUCGUCGGCGGAGAGCUGGUGUUGAAUGUGACCUCUUACUUCACGCUUAACCAAAUCAGUGGCCAAGUGACGGACCAGGUCGACGAGUGGGACCUGUCAGGCUCGUCCCCCAUAACUCUAGCGUAUUUCUACGCCACCAAAUUAGCCUACUUGGCUGCUGAGUCCGGCAAAGACUUCGGCGAGUCUGUCAGUAACCUGAGCAAAAUGAUGGACAAGAAGGAGGACAACUCCAAUAUUUAUUCCGACCCAACGGACCCCCGAAAGUUUUUCCAAGUCGACGAUAAUCCACAGAAGGACAUCUAUCAAGUGGGCUUCGUGAUCGCCUUGAUAUAUCUCUUGGUUCAGUUCCUGAAGCUCACGCUCUGAAAAUUCAUGCAUGAAAUCUACGCGCAUGUGGAGUUGUAAAACAUUUAGCACAUGAUUGGCAAUUAUGGUAUGUAGAGCAGGGCAAGGUUGGUUCUCGGUGAAAGGGGAUGCUGCUGCUACUCAACAUCUGCGCUCAAGUGUAAUUGUAUCUUUAAUCGUCAUUCUGCCUCCCUGAAUCAUGUAGAGAUAGAUCAGGUGCCAGGGAAGGCAAGGUGUAUGCUAUAUCAAUCAAUGUAUCAUCUACCCUCUGCGGUGAGAUAUUUGGAGAAACACAGUGGAUCUCGUAUGUUUCAAUCCCAAGACCUGAAGUUGUGGAAUGAGGUUCAACUGUGUUUGUGACAGCAGCUUCAGUUCUAGCUUCGUGCAUGGCCACGUC